AUGGAGGAGGCUAGGGUGUGCUCUCCUCUCCCAGACCUCAGGGAGCCAGACAGCCAGACAUGGACCUCUAUGGAGCUCCCACCACCAAGCAGGCCACUGGAGGAGGAUAUUGGGUGGGGAGAGAUGGGGGAGCAGGUGAACGAGGCAGACAGGGUGAAAGAGGACAACUCUCCUCAGACUGGAAGGACCUCUGAGGAGCCAGAUGAGCACUGGGACUCCAUGACUUUACCUGUGUACCCCAUGACCUGUCCCAGUGUCCUUAUGUCCUUUGCCACAGUGCAGUGGGACAUGCCUGACCCUUCCCCUGACACGCCCUUCCCCAUGACUGACAACAGCUUGGCUGAUGAGCUGGACUCCAGUGGAGCAGCCAGUCUGGACUGGACUGUGAGCCCGCUGUCCCUCCACCAGCAGCAGCAGCAUGAAUCCUGUAUGACAGUGAUAAACAUAGAGCUGUCUGUCCAGGAGAAGACCGAGAAGCACAAUAGACCGGAGCAACAGUUGCCUCUGGAUACAGACCAGAGUGAAAACUCCCAUCCGGUACGUCAGCCCGACAGGGAGGGACUGUGGUUGUGUGUCUGUUUGAGAUGAUAGCAUUGGGUACUGUGUGUGUGUGUGUGUGUGUGUGUGUGUGUGUGUGUUUGUCUGUCUGAGAGAGUGCAAGAGGAAGAUAAUAUUUAGGGUGAUAAAAUACCACUACCUCUGUGUUCAUAGACACCAGUAUUUAGGUUUCAGUCAUAGGUGGGGAAGAGGUGGAUGGAAUAUAUACCGUUAUACAUAUCAGUCAUCUGAGACCAAGGUCCCUUCUGUCUGAGUGAUGAUCAACCCACGUCUUACUUAAUCACAAGUUCUUCCUGGCCCGAUGUUUAUUGUUGACAACUGCUGUUGCAAUUCCAGGCAUGUGAUACACCAAGCCCAGAUGUGGAGGAGCAUGCAGCACAUACACAGGAAGCGGAGGCUUCAGCACAACAGCUAUUUGAGGACCAUGGUGAGUGCAGGCCCUAGUCAUUGUUCACAAACUAAUCACAGGCUAACUCUUAUGUUAUAAAUUGUUAAAAGGUAAAAAAUGCAUCAGUUGGACAAUAGAUGAAGAUGCUCCAUAUUUUUAGAAUAAAACAAGGUCAGGCAUUUUGGUGGGAAUUCAGGUAUUCCAUUUAUUGUAAAAUGUCACUUUGUUAUGCACUCAUACAGUGAGGGAAAAAAGUAUUUGAUCCCCUGCUGAUUUUGUAUGUUUGCCCACUGACAAAGAAAUGAUCAGUCUAUAAUUUUAAUGGUAGGUUUAUUUGAACAGUGAGAGACAGAAUAACAACAAAAAAAUCCAGAGAAACGCAUGUCAAAAAUGUUAUAAAUUGAUUUGCAUUUUAAUGAGGGAAAUAAGUAUUUGACCCCCUCUCAAUCAGAAAGAUUUCUGUCUCCCAGGUGUCUUUUAUACAGGUAACGAGCUGAGAUUAGGAGCACACUAUUAAAGGGAGUGCUCCUAAUCUCAGCUUGUUACCUAUAUAAAAGACACCUGUCCACAGAAGCGAUCAAUCAAUCAGAUUCCAAACUCUCCACCAUGGCCAAGACCAAAGAGCUCUCCAAGGAUGUCAGGGACAAGAUUGUAGACCUACACAGGGCUGGAAUGGGUUACAAUACCAUUUCCAAGCAGCUUGGUGAGAAGGUGACAACAGUUGGUGCGAUUAUUCGCAAAUGGAAGAAACACAAAAUAACUGUCAAUCUCCCUCGGCCUGGGGCUCCAUGCAAGAUCUCACCUCGUGGAGCUGCAAUGAUCAUGAGAACGGUGAGGAAUCAGCCCAGAACUACACGGGAGGAUCUUGUCAAUGAUCUCAAGGCAGCUGGGACCAUAGUCACCAAGAAAACAAUUGGUAACACACUAUGCCGUGAAGGACUGAAAUCCUGCAGCGCCCACAAGGUCCCCCUGCUCAAGAAAGCACAUAUACAGGGCCGUCUGAAGUUUGCCAAUGAACAUCUGAAUGAUUCAGAGCAGAACUAGGUGAAAGUGUUGUGGUCAGAUGAGACCAAAAUAGAGCUCUUUGGCAUCAACUCAACUCGCCGUGUUUGGAGGAGGAAUGCUGCCUAUGACCCCAAGAACACCAUUCCCACCGUCAAACACGGAGGUGGAAACAUUAUGCUUUGGGGGUGUUUUUCUGCUAAGGGGACAGGACAACUUCACCGCAUCAAAGGGACGAUGGACGGGGCCAUGUACCGUCAAAUCUUGGCUGAGAACCUCCUUCCCUCAGCCAGGGCAUUGAAAAUGGGUCGUGGAUGGGUAUUCCAGCAUGACCCAAAACACACGGCCAAGGCAACAAAGGAUAGGCUCAAGAAGAAGCACAUUAAGGUCCUGGAGUGGCCUAGCCAGUCUCCAGACCUUAAUCCCAUAGAAAAUCUGUGGAGGGAGCUGAAGGUUUGAGUUGCCAAACGUCAGCCUUCGAAACCUUAAUGACUUGGAGAAGAUCUGCAAAGAGGAGUGGGACAAAAUCCCUUCUGAGAUGUGUGCAAACCUGGUAGCCAACUACAAGAAACAUCUGACCUCUGAUUGCCAACAAGGGUUUUGCCACCAAGUACUAAGUCAUGUUUUGCAGAGGGGUCAAAUACUUAUUUCCCUCAUUAAAAUGCUGUCACGAUCGUUGAGAGACGGGUCGGACCAAGGUGCAGCGUGAAAAGCGUACAUGUUUAUUAACUCAAUAAACAUACAACAAAACAAGCAGUAACGUGAAGUCCUCAGGCUAUACACAUACAAGCCUAAACGGAACAAGAUCCCACAAUGCAACGUAGGAAAUAAGCUACCUAAGUAUGAUCCCCAAUCAGAGACAACGAGCGACAGCUGCCUCUGAUUGGGAAUCACACCCGGCCAAACCUAGAAAUACACAUUCUAGAUCCUAAACAUAGAUAUACAUAACAUAGAACUCAACAGAAAACUCACACCCUGACCCAACCAAUGAGAGUUCUCUCGAUCAGGGCGUGACAAAUGCAAAUCAAUUUCCAAAAAAAAUUACAUGCGUUUUUCUGGAUUUUUUUGUUGUUAUUCUGUCUCUCACUGUUCAAAUAAACCUACCAUUAAAAUUAUAGACUGAUCAUGUCUUUGUCAGUGGGCAAAGGUACAAAAUCAGCAGGGGAUCAAAUACUUUUUUCCCUCACUGUAUAUCAGGUAAAAAAUAUAUACUUUGUGAUAAAAUAAAUAAAAUUAUAUGUGCCUCACUUGCAUAUACAGUGCAUUCGGAAAGUAUUCAGACCUCUUUACUUUUCCCCCAUUUUGUUACAUUGCAGCCUUAUUCUAAAAUGGAUUUUCCUCAUUAAUCAACACACAAUACCCCAUAAUGACAAAGCAAAAACAGGUUUUUAGAAAUUUUAGCAAAUGUAUUAAAAAUCAAAAACGGAAAUAUCACAUUUACAUAGGUAUUCAGACCCUUUACUCAGUACUUUGUUGACGCACCUUUCGCAGCGAUUACAGCCUCGAGUCUUCUUGCGUAUGACGUUACAAGCUUGGCACACCUGUAUUUGGGGAGUUUCUCCCAUUCUUCUCUGCAGAUCCUCUCAAGCUCUGUCAGGUUGGAUGGGGAGCGUCGCUGCACAGCUAUUUUCAGGUCUCUCCAGAGAUAUUAGAUCGGUUUCAAGUUCGGGCUCUGGCUGGGCCACUCAAGAACAUUCAGAGACUUGUCCGGAAGCCACUCCCGUGUUGUCUUGGCUGUGUGCUUAGGGUUGUUGUCCUGUUGGAAGGUGAACCUUCGCCCCAGUCUGAGGUCCUGAGCGCUCUGGAGCAGGUUUUCAUCAAGGAUCUCUCUGUACUUUAUGGCGUUCAUCUUUCCUUCGAUCCUGACUAGUCUCCCAGUCCCUGCCGCUGAAAAACAUCCCCACAGCAUGAUGCUGCCACCACCAUGCUUCACUGUAGGGAUGGUAUUGGCCAGGUGAUGAGCGGUGCCAGGUUUCCUCCAGACGUGACGCUUGGCAUUCAGGCCAAAGAGUUCAGGAUUGGUUUCAUCAGACCAGAGAAUCUUGUUUUUCAUGGUCUGAGAGUCCUUUAGGUGCCUUUUGGCAAACUCCAAGCGGGCUGUCAUGUGCCUUUUAUUGAGGAGUGGCUUCUGUCUGGCCACUCUACCAUUAAGGCCUAAUUGUUGGAGUAAUGCAGAGAUGGUUGUCCUUCUGGAAGGUUGUCCUAUCUCCACAGAGGAACUCUGGAGCUCUGUCAGAGUGACCAUCGGGUUCUUGGUCACCUCCCUGACCAAGGCCCUUCUCCCCUGAUUGCUCAGUUUGGCCGGGCGGCCAGCUCUACUAAGAGUCUCAGUGGUUCCAAACUUCUUCCAUUUAAGAUUGAUGGAGGCCACUGUGUUCUUGGGGACCUUAAAUGCUGCAGAAAUGUUUUGAUACCCUUCCCCAGAUCUGUGCCUCCACACAAUCCUGUCUCGGAGCUCUACGGACAAUUCCUUCGACCUCAUGGCUUGGUUUUUGCACUGUCAACAGUGGGACCUUUAUAUAGACAGGUGUGUGCCUUUCCAAAUCAUGUCCAAUCAAUUGAAUUUACCAAAGGUGGAUUCCAAUCAAGUUGUAGAAACAUCUGAAGGAUGAUCAAUGGAAACAGGAUACACUUUGUAGCAAUAUUGAUGUUACUCAUAUAGAUGUUACACAGGAAACGGAAACCAGUUGGGACUUACUGUAUGAAUGUGCGGGUUGACAACAUGCCUAGUAAAGUUUGCUUAACUAUAUAUCUUUGUCUGUCGUGACUACAACGCAAAGCAUAUUAAAACAUGGUGGCAGCGGUACUCAAAAGAACCUGGAUCUCAUCGAUGUAAAGGAAGAAUACAUCCCAGGCGGCAGUUUGAAAAAGUGCCGCAUUUACAGGCUAGUCAUCGCGCCGAACGUUAACGUUAGCUAGCUAUCGUAUCCAAUAGCUAGCUGGCUAUUGGAUACAAGCAGAUUUGUGAGUAGCUAACGUUCCAUUCUACGAAUAAAUCGCCAUGGAAAAUGCACUGAAACCUCCGGGAAAAAUAGACUUUGAUGAUUGUAAUUUAGCACUGAACUGGAAAAGAUGGAAAGAGGAAUUCAAUUUGUACAUGGCUCUUACAAUGAGAGAAAAACCUGAGGAUUACAAAGUGAAGCUACUGUAUUAUCUCAUUGGGGAAAAGGCAGAGAGAUUUGUGAGACUCUAUGUGUGGGCAGUACAAAAUACAAUAUCUCUGUUGAGGAAGUAAUUGCAGCACUGGAUGCAUUUUGUGAUCCCAAGAAAAAUGAAACAAUUGAGAGAUAUAAUUUUUUCAUGCGAAGUCAGGGCCAAGAUGAGAGUUUAGACAAAUAUCUCACUGAAUUGAGGACUCUAGUGGCCACCUGCAACUUUGGAGUAAUCACAGACUCUCUUAUCAGGGACAGGAUUGUGUGUGGCACAUGUGACCCACACUUAAGAGAGCGCUUACUCAGAGAGACUGAUCUCAGUUUAGAGAAAUGCAUACAGAUUGGAAGAGCUGCAGAACAGUUCAGACAGAGAGCUAAAGUCAUAAAUGUGCAGGGCCCUGUAGCAGUGCAUGCAGUAACACAGAAAGAUAGACAGAGAGGGAGAGGAGACCCUACAGAGGGACAGAGCAUUAUACAAUGCAGAUACUGUGGACGGACACAUGAGAGGAAAAAGGAAAAAUGCCCUGCAUAUGGACAAAAAUGUCAAACCUGUGGAAAAAACAAUCACUUCUCUACGGUUUGCAAAAGUGCAGGGACCAGCAAGAGAAACAGAGUCCUGGCAAUGGAAAAUGCGUUAGCUGACUCAGAGAGCGAUGAGGAUGUUUUCUGCAUCACACUAGGGCCAAAGUCAGAGAGCAUCAACGUGGUGCAGGAGAAAACCACAGACCCCAAUGCAGCUCGUUUUGCAACCAUGCUGGUCAACAAAAAGUCAGUCAGAUUUCAGCUAGAUUGUGGUGCUAGUUGUAAUGUUAUCCCUGCAAACCUCAUAAAAGCCAGUCACCUAGAGCCCUGCAGUCAGGUAUUGGUGAUGUAUAACAAGAGUACUCUGACGCCACUGGGGAAGUUUACACUUAAAGUGAUCAAUCCACGCAAUAAGAAAACCUACCGAGUUGAGUUCAUCGUAGUCAACAAGAAUGUGCACAGGCCCAUUCUAGGCAGUAAGGCUAUCCAGGCAAUGGAGUUGAUUACUGUGCAGCAUCACAACAUCCUGGCCAUCGAGAAAACAACAGGAUCCUGGACUAAAGAGCAAAUUAAACAAGAGUACUCUGAUGUAUUCCAGGGAGAUGGAUGCUUAUCCGGCAAACUGAAGCUGGAAGUGGAUGAACGAGUGGAGCCCGUCCAGCUGCCAAAGAGAAGAGUGCCAGUAGCACUAUAUAAACCACUUAAAGAGGAGCUCAGUGGUCUAGAGAAAAGAAGGAUGAUAAUUAGCAGCCUGAUCGUAGUGAAGAAACCGUCUGGAAUACUAAGAGUGUGCAUUGAUCCGAAACCUCUCAACAAGGCGCUCAAGAGGAGCCAUUACCCACUUCCCACUAUUGCAGACGUGCUGCCUGAUCUGAACAGAGCACGCGUGUUCUCUGUUUGUGAUGUAAAAAAUGGAUUUUGGCAUGUGGAACUGGAGGAGGAAUCCAGCAAUCGCACCACGUUCUCUACUCCCAUGGGACGCUACAGGUGGCUGCGCAUGCCAAUUGAAAUCAGUCCAGCCCCAGAGAUCUUUCAGAGGAAGUUGAACCAGGCAAUGGAAGGUCUUCCAGGAGUCAAAAUCAUUGCAGAUGACAUCCUGAUUGUGGGAGAAGGAGACAACGAUGAAGCGGCGACUCUGGACCACGACAAAAACCUGAAAAUGCUCCUGGACAGAUGUAGGAAGCUCAAUAUCAAGCUGAAUCCGGAGAAGCUGCAGCUCAGGCUGAAGGAAGUGCCCUACAUUGGCCACCUGCUAACAUCAGAGGGGUUGAAAGUGGACCCAGGAAAAGUGACAGCCAUUAAACAGAUGCCUAGGCCUACAGAUGUGCAGGGGGUGCAGCGCUUCCUGGGCAUGGUAAACUACCUAGCCAAGUUCUGCAGCCACGCCACGGAGCUCUGCGAGCCACUGCGACAGCUAACACACAAGGACUCACUUUGGGAGUUGUCAGAGAGACAUGAGCAGGCUUUCAAUCAAAUCAGGGAUGCCAUUGCACAGACCCCUGUGCUGAAAUACUGCAACCCAACAGAGCAGCUUGUACUACAGUGUGACGCUUCAGAGAGUGGGUUAGGAGCAGCCUUAAUGUAGGGAGGACAACCAAUAGCAUACGCCAGCAGAGCCCUGACAGAGACUGAAAAAGGGUAUGCACAGAUAGAGAAGGAGCUGCUUGCAGUGGUGUUUGGCAUGGAGAGGUUCCACCAAUUCACAUAUGGACGAACUGUGGAAGUGCAGUCAGAUCACAAGCCUCUAGAGAGCAUCAUGACAAAGCCUCUCCUCAGCGCACCAAAAAGACUACAACGCAUGCUCAUGAGACUCCAAAACUAUGAGGUCAGUCUCCGAUACGUUCUGGAAAACAUGUGGUUCUGGCCGACACCCUGAGCAGGGCAUACCUCACAGAACAAGACAACAGAGGCCCUGUGGAGGUCGAAGUGGAAUCAAUCAAUAUGAUACACUACCUCCCUGUGUCAAGCAAGAGACUAAAGCACAUCCAGAGAGCCACUGAGCUGGAUCGGGAGCUCCAGACACUGAAAAAUGUGAUCCUGCAGGGGUGGCCUGAAGUGAAAGGACAUGUACCCUUGGAAGUAGCCAUGUAUUUUCACAACAGAGAUGAGCUGAGUGUGCAAAAUGAAGUUAUCUUCAGAGGUGAGCGAGUCGUUGUGCCUACUGCCCUCAGGUCAGAGAUAAUGCAGAGAAUCCAUUCCUCACACAUAGGAACAGAGGGAUGUCUGAGAAGAGCUCGCGAGUGUGUCUACUGGCCAGGCAUGAAUGCACAGCUGUGAACAUACAUAGUACAAUGUAGUACCUGCACAGCAUGGGGUAUGAAGCAGCAGAAAGAAACGUUGAGGCCCCAUGAAGCACCAAAGCGUCCCUGGGAAUAAAUAGGGACUGACCUGUUCCAGUUCAACGACAGAGACUACAUGGUCACAGUUGAUUAUCUCUCCAACUUCUGGGAAGUGGACCAUUUGGAGAACACACAGUCGAAAACGGUCAUUCGAAAACUGAAGACACACUUUGCACGCUAUGGGAUACCUGACAUCCUUUACUCAGACAAUGGUCCCCAGUACUCUUCAGACGAGUUCCGAAGUUUCAGCAAGGCUUGGGACUUUACACACAAAACAUAGUCUCCAGGAUACUCGCAAAGUAAUGGGAAAGUGGAAUCGGCAGUGAAAACAGCCAAAAGACUGAUGGCAAAAGCAAAGAGAGCAGGUGCUGACCCAUACCUGGCCAUGCUGGAUCACAGAAAUACCCCGUCACAAGGAACAGACAGCAGCCCUGCAAUGGUGCUCAUGGGUUGACGUACAAAGACACUACUUAUAAUGAGUGAAAAUCUUCUGAGACCGGGGAUGGUAAACUGUCAGCUGGAGAACUUCAAAGAAAGACAGCAGAAACAGGUGAAGUACUACGACACCUCUGCUAAGGAUCUUACAGAGCUGCAUCGAGAUGACAGGGUGAGAGUUCAGCCAAUCACAGGACAGAAACACUGGUGGCAGAGGGCCACAGUAGUCAGACCAGUGGAGCAAAGGUCCUAUGAGGUGAAGACAGAACAGGGACAAGUCUUCAGGAGGAACAGGCGACACCUGAGGAAGAGCAGAGAAAUAGAGGAGGAUUUCCCCACUGUUGAGGAGCCUGGCACAGAGCCAGUAAACAGAGCACCAGCUGACACCCAGCAGGGUGCUGAACACAACCUAGAGGUGGACGCUGCACCUCAACAAGUAGAUCCAAACAUCUCAGGUCAAGCACCUCCUGAUGUAAUCAACACUCCCCACACAAGGUCUGGUAGGGCCAUCCGAAGACCUAUACACCUGAAAGACUUUGUGGGAAGGUAAAAAUAAUAAUAAUUAAUGGACAGUCAGAGACAGUAAACAAACAUUCAGUUCACGUUCCAGUUUAUUGCAGACAUGGACUACAAGCCAAAGUUAGGUGGAGUCUGCCUUUGUUGUAAAAAUAAAAAAAAAUAAAAAAAAUAAAGAGAACAUGUAGCAAUAUUGAUGUUACUCGUAUUGAUGUUACACAGGAAACGGAAACCAGUUGGGACUUACUGUAUGAAUGUGCGGGUUGACAACAUGCCUAGUAAAGUUUGCUUAACUAUAUAUCUUUGUCUGUCGUGACUACAACGCAAAGCAUAUUGAAACACACUUGAGCUCAAUUUCGAGUCUCAUACAAAGGAUCUGAAUACUUAUGUAAAUAAGGUAUUUCGUUUUUUUUUUGUUUUUUUAAUGUGCAAAAAUGUCAACCUGUUUUCGCUUUGUCAAUAUGGGGUAUUGUGUGUAGAUUGAUUGGGAUUUUUUUUUAUUGAAUCCAUUUUAGAAUAAGGCUGUAACGUAAUAAAAUGUGGAAAAAGUGAAGCGGUCUGAAUACUUUCCGAAUGCACUGUAUACACUGUUUUCAUUUGCAUACAUGACAAAAUGUAUAUAAAGGGGUGGAACUGGGCUGCAACCACCAAAAACUUGCCCUGUCUCUUAUACCUGUGGCUAGACUGCCUCAUUAAUUAUUAAUUACUGUUGUUGUCAUGUAUUCUUGCAUAAUUCAACAAGUGUGUCAAGAGAAGGAUACUAUGCGAUUUAAAAUCAAAACGCCUGGCUCUAAAUUACACCUAUCAAUACAUACUUUACAUUAUUUGCGAAAUCAGACAUAAUUUAACUUUAAUCCAAGUGUUCAUUUUCUGAAGUUGCUUUUAUUUCAGCGCAUCUAAUUUGUAAAGAUUUCAACUGUAUUAAAUCAUUACUUUUUACAAUUGCGCAAAAAAUCAACACCCAUCAACAUAAAGUUAACUUUCUUCUCUUUCUUGUGAUGUAAGUGUCGAGACGGUGCGUUUAAUCUCAGACGAAGCAUUCUUAUAGAUGCAACGGAAAGCCAAUGUAAUCCAUUGAGCUCAUUUCAGCCAUUACCGGAGUGUGUUUGAUGGGUAAUUACACGUUUUUGCAGUCGUUACGUUAAGGGAAAAAAACAAUGACACAAGCAAGAGUGGGAAAGAGUCACCUGAGUAAAAUGAAAGCAAUCAAUCCAGCGACAUGAUUUAAGUGACAAGUGGAUUUUGCACCCCCCAAACACAGGAAAUAGAUGUCUGAAAAGGAGAGAUCCUUAGGUGGGCGGGGCAUGGGCUUUGCUACUUAUAUUAGCAUACAGCUUGCAUUUUUCUAAACACUGAUCGUUCCACCCCAAUUUUAAUUUUGUACAGUUCAUUGAAUAAUUCUUGACAUAUUCUGAUAGAUGCAACCCUUUCAAAUGCUUUUGACUUCUCAUGCCACUUUUACUUCAUAAAGUACAGAGUAACUCGGUCAAUGUUAAUAUGGGUGUCUGUGUGUUCAGACUCUCUUUUAGGAAGCUCUCCACGGCCAGAGACAGAGAAAGGGAUGGGACAGCCUGUGACAGAAGAGACUAUCCCACCCUCUGACCGAGCUCCUAGCCCUGUACAGACAGGAGAGUCAGCGACUGGGCUGGAUAGUGAGAGUGAGAGUGAGAGUCUAGACUCUGUACUGGGAGAGGAACAGAAACAGACUGGCAGAGUGCUAACUAUACUGAUCAGUUCAGAGCAAGGAUCAAGCUCUACGAACUAUGAGGAGAAGGAAGAGGAGGAGGAGAAGGAACAGACUGUAACUAAUUUAGAUUAUAAUGGAGAUUGUGACGAGCAGACGGAACAGACCGAGCAGUCAGAGGGGAGGGAACAGUCAGACAGUGAGGGGGAAUCUGAGAUGAUAGAACUCUUAGAGCACCUGUUUGAGCCAGCUGAACUGAAAGAACUGUCAGAACUCACAGAGAAGUCUGAACACAGUGGGCAGUCAGAGCCUAACCACACAGAACAGAGUGAAUACAAAGACAACACAGAGACAACAGAGCAGCAAGAAGAGUCUGAGAAACUUGUAGAGUCCGACCAGGUAGAGCAUUCAAAUCAGUCAGGGGAGGAAGAACAUCAAACUGAAGAGGCCCAUUUACAACCUGCAGAACACUCAGAACAAUCAAAAGAAUCAGAGCAGAUGGAACAGUCAGAGCAGACAGAAUGUUUAGAAUCAAAACAAUUGCAACAGACACAACAUUCUGAGCAAACAAUGCACUCAGAGCAGACAGAAUUUUCAGUGCAGAUGGAACCACAGACAGAACCAUCAAAGCAGAUGGAACACUCCGAAGAUUCUGAGCAGUCAAAACAAUCAGGGGAGACGGAACAGUCAGAACAGACAGAACAGUCAGAGCAGACGGAACAGUCAGAGCAGACGGAACAGUCAGAGCAGACGGAACAGUCAGAGCAGACGGAACAGUCAGAGCAGACGGAACAGUCAAAGCAGACGGAACAGUCAGAGCAGACGGAACAGUCAGAGCAGACGGAACAGUCAGAGCAGACGGAACAGUCAGAGCAGACGGAACAGUCAGAGCAGACAGAACAGUCAGAGCAGACGGAACAGACAGAGCAGACGGAACAGUCAGAGCAGACGGAACAGUCAGAGCAGACAGAACAGUCAGAGCAGACGGAACAGACAGAGCAGACGGAACAGUCAGAGCAGACGGAACAGUCAGAGCAGACGGAACAGUCAGAGCAGACGGAACAGUCAGAGCAGACGGAACAGUCAGAGCAGACGGAACAGUCAGAGCAGACGGAACAGUCAGAGCAGACGGAACAGUCAGAGCAGACGGAACAGUCAGAGCAGACGGAACAGUCAGAGCAGACGGAACAGUCAGAGCAGACGGAACAGUCAGAGCAGACAGAACAGUCAGAGCAGACAGAUAACAAACCAGUACAUUCAAAGCAGUUAGAACUACGUUUUGUUGAACAGUCAGACCAUACAGAAGAGCAGAAACACUCAGAGAUUGAACAGCCAGCGCAGACUGCACUGACUGAAUUGACAGAAGAGGAUGAGCAGACAGAGCAUUCCAAGCAGGUAGAACAAUUGGAACCGAAAGAGUAUACAGAGGAUUCAUGUUUGCUGCCCAGGGAAGGAAGUGGAGAGCAAAUCGAGUCUCAGGUACAGCAAACGGAGGCCUCAGAACCAGUGGUGGUCCAUAUGAAUGGUGGAGGUUUGGACAGGGAGAGGGCCUGCAGGCUGGCUGAAAGACUCUACAGGCUGGAUGGGAUCCACAAGACAGACGUGGUCAAACACCUAGACAAAGAGUAAGAACUAAAGGCUGCAAAACACGGAGUGGCCAAACUUUACAUUACAUGGGUCUUAUGCAGUAUGUUCAGAGUUUUUUUUCUCAGAAUGUGUCACCUUGAAUCAUGAACUUGACCUGUCCUUGUUUCUCUGCCCCUCUCUAAUUCAGCAAUGUCUUUAGCCAAGCUGUUGGGGAGGAGUACCUUAAGUUCUUUGACUUCACCGGUCAGAGUCUGGACCAAGGCCUGAGGUAAGUCCUUCACACUUUCUGUGGUCCUCUGUAGCUCAGCUGGUAGAGCAAGGCGCUUGUAACGCCAAGGUAGUGGGUUCGAUCCCCGGGACCACCCAUACACAAAAAAAAUAAAAAUAAUGUAUGCACGCAUGACUGUAAGUCGCUUUGGAUAAAAGCGUCUGCUAAAUGGCAUAUUAUUAUUAUUAUAUUUCUCUUAGUUCACUAUAAUAGUAACAAGUAUUGCUCUUAAAUUAACAUCUUCCAUUGAUAAAUCAUCUUCUACUUCCUCUAUUUUGCCCGCCUCUCCCAGGUCUUUCCUGAGGGUGGUGGUGCUAAUCGGUGAGACCCAGGAGAGAGAGCGAGUACUGCAGCAUUUCUCCUGUCGCUUCCAGCAGUGCAACCCUCACACCUUCUCCUCUUCAGGAGAAGUACUCACACUCACCUGUGCUGUGAUGCUUCUGAACUCUGAUCUGCAUGGACAGGUGAGUCCCCACUGCAGUGAUGAAAUACUGUGGCAAACAUGCAGAUAUUCAGGCCUUUCACUGAAAGGAAAUGGUGUUGAGGAAAUGGUGUUGUGGGAUAUGUACACAUUUAAACAUCAUGUUUGUGUGUCUGUCCUCAGAAUGUGGGUAAAGCCAUGUCUGUGUCCAGCUUCAUCUCCAACCUGGAUGGGAUGAAUGUGGAUGAGAACUUCAGCAAGGAGCUGUUAAAGGUAAGAUUAUACUCCUCAUUCCACACCUACUCAAUAUUUCAGUACAGACUGUUAAGUGUCCUUAUGUAAGACUUAAGUGUCCUUUCAGUGUCCUUCUUUCUCUUGUUUCUUUCUCAGGCUCUCUACAACUCCAUUAAGAACGAGCCUCUGGAAUGGGCAGUGUAAGUAGUCUGAUUUAAGAACAAGGAAGUGGGUAACAUUAUUCUAAACUAUUUACCACCAGCUGUUCAGUAUCCCUUUGUCCCCAAUGCUGAUGUACAAACUGUAAGCCUUCCUGUUGCUUUCCCCAAUAUAUUUGGAUUUCAUUUCACCUCUCAUAUUUGAAUUCCUCUUUUAUUUAAUCUCCAUUGCUUCUUCAUUCCUCCCCUCCCCUCUCUAUAUGCCCUGUGCAGUGAUGAGAAGGAACUGAAGAGCUCCAUGCUGUUGGCGGAGGACGCUAAAGAGGACGCACCCUUGCGCUCCAAGAGCAACCCGUUCCAAGAUGUGCCUCAUGACAAGAAGGCCACAGUGUUCAAACAGGGCUUUCUCAAUCGCAAGACCCACGCUGACAUCGAUGGCAAACGCAGUGAGUUGGAUUGUGACACUGUUUGCACAAAAACAUAGGAACUAAAAUGUCAGGGCAAUGAACCGUGUACAAUAGCAUCAUAGUGUUUUGAUUAAUCUUUUGAUGAUUCAUCAGUCUGACUAAAUUAUUUAGUGUGUGAGUGUGUUUGAGAAGAAUCCUUUGACCUCAGGAGUGAUGUAAUGUAACUGUGUCUGACAGCUCCUUGGGGGAAGAGAAGCUGGAAGACCUUCAAUGGAGUGCUGAAGGGAAUGGUCCUCUACUUACAGAAGGUUAAAGUCAUCUCCUCCUCCUCCUCUUUCUUGUCAACUCCUCCUUUUCCAUACUUUCCAUUGCACGGCCUCUUGAUAAUGUCCAGGAUGCCUUUCACACUAAUCCCUCACUGCUUGUUACCUUGUCCAACCCCCCACCCCCACAGGAUGAGUAUAAGAUGGCAGAGUGGCAGAGUACAGAGGAGGUGGUCAGUGUGCACCAUGCCCUGGCAGAGCGGGCAGCAGACUACACCAAGAGACCACAUGUCUUCCGUCUGCAGACCGCCGAUUGGAGGGUCUUCCUCUUCCAGGCCUCGUGAGUCUACUGUGUGUGUGUAUGGUAGCGGUUGUGUCAGAGAGAGACAGGAACUAUAUGUAGUAUUGGAAUUGUGAAUCUACGUUUGUUACGCAUGGGACUAAUAUGUUUGAUGGUGUGAAGGAACAAACAAAUGAAUCAGGAUGCAACAGUCCAAUAAUCCCAUGACUUUGUCUUUAAUUCACAUAAUAUGUUCUUAUACAGAAUAUAAAACUAAUAUUAGAUAUAUGUUAACUAAUACAGUGUAUUCUAUGUACAUGGACUUAUUGUUGUCCUCAGCUCCACAGCAGAGAUGAACUCAUGGAUCAACCGUAUUAACUUGGUGUCAGCCCUGCACUCCUCUCCUCCCUUCCCUGCUGCCGUGGGCUCUCAGAGGAGGUUCUGCAGACCCAUCCUGCCUGCCUCCCAGUCUGCUCACAAACUGGUACUGUACUCACCAUACACUCUCGCACUCUUGGUUCACUCCCCAGAGUCCCUGUUGCUUUGUUUUCUAAUCUAGUGCAUUGUCUUCAUCUUUGUAAAUUGUGAUAUUUAGGGGUAUAGUAGUACUUUGACACUGUAUGUGCUAUAGUUGUGCUGAGGCAAGUAGGGUAAUCUGAUCCUAGAUCUGUGUUUAGGGAUCCUAGAUCUGUGGUUAGGGACACCUUCUACCUGGUGUGUUGUGAGCCUGUUCACUGAGCCUGGCUCUCUGCUGCCCCCUGCAGGAGAGACAGCUGCAGUCCCAUGCUCGCAUGCUGCUGUCCUUCCAGGAGGACCUGGCCUACCUGCAGCAGAGUCUCCCUGAGAGCCGCAGGGCCAAGGCCAAGGAGCUGGAGGAACACCGAGUCAGAGAGGAGUACCUGCAGCAUGAGGUGUGUGAGAGGGGGAUGAGUGUGUCGGUGUGGGUUUGUGUGUGUGAGUAUGUUCUUGUUUGGUCUCUAACUCACAAUCCCUCUGACCCCACCUCUCCCUACAGAAAUGUCGCUACGAGGCCUACAUCCAGAUGCUGGAGGCCUGGAAGGGUUUGAACCAGUCAGUCGACACUGAGGUGGGAAACAGCGAGCUCAACCUGUUUGACAGAGCUGUGUGUAAGGACACAGUGGAUGAGGAGGGGGAGGAGGGAACCCUGAAGAAGUCCCAUUCCAGCCCCUCCCUGGAUCUGGAGAUGGCCUCACCCCACGUGGUCAAAGUCAAACGCAACAUCUCGGAAAGACGGACCUAUCGCAAGAUCAUCAUACCGCGACGCAACCAGGACAUAUGAGAACAGGUGCCCAAAAGUGAUGCACACAUGACUCUUACAUGAGUUUUUAAUAGCUCUUUUUAGGACAUAGACACAAUGUGUUACUUCCAAGCACUGUCAUUUUUCAUUUUCAGCUUGCAGUUAUUUAGCAAGAAGGCAAAAGUCAAUCUCAGGGAACUUGCUUGAGUCCUUUUCUUUGUUACAUUUGCUUUACAUAAAAGUAUUUUAGUUCAUAUUUGUGCACUUUCAACUUAACAAAAUUUAAUUAAACCUCAGAAGUCAAUGCUCCUUGCUGAGACAGGUGAAGAAGAGUGAUAAUGUUUGUCUCUGAAUUAUUUUAUUCCCUUUAAAACUCACAUGGACACUACACCUCUGAAUUUUCUGUGAUAUGUUGAGAUUCCUGUUUAUUUCUAUUAGAAAGGGAUCUGCAAUUACAAAAUGUUACUUGUUUGCUCCAUAUGGUCUAUAUGCAGUGUGCAAUUAUAACCUCAAGAGGGUGCUAUACAACAGCAUAUUACACAUGAAGGCACAUACAGUUUGACAAAUCAUCAAAAUUAUGUCAAUAUGCUCAUUUUUGUUAUGCAUUCUUGUAUCUUUUAUGUAAUUUUAUAUAAACAUACUUUGAUUGCAUCUCCAUGAAAGAUUAACACUACUGUAACAUUUCACUAUAAGUAUCACAAUUAUUUUCUGAGAACAGAGAAGGUUAUGAUAGUUCAUUUAUAUCAAUCCCAAUUAGACUUUUUGAGUUUAGUUCAAUUAUCCAUCCCAAUUCUUCGAGCUGCCAGUCACAUAUGCCCUUGUGGUAAUAGGAAUGGCAUAAAGGGAAUUAAUAGCAGACAAAGACAACUUUUUGAUCUCUC